CUACAGGAGCCUGAGAGGCAGGCUCCUGUAGGGAGCAAUGGCGGAGAGUGUACGCUCGCCUUUUGACUACCGGGAGCCCCCGACCCUCGACAGCGACGGGGAUGGCAGCAAGCCGCCACCGCGGGGUCGGGUGUGUGGAAGAAAGAGAAAGGGAACUCCUGUGAAGGUGUGUGACCGAGUGUAUGUAACAGAAGAUGAGGAGGAGGAGAGCUUGUCUGAACACAGCUACAGUCCUGGUGAGGGCCAGUACCCAGAGGGAGCAGAAGACCACCUGGCUCCACCUGGAAGUCCAUACUACCUUCCUGAUCCGGCCCAGCUUUGUGUGCCAGAGCUUGGGGAGGAUGGAGGUGCUGGUGUUGGGGGCCCAGUGCUGUUUCACCCUCCUCCAAACUGUCGUAUUCAGGAAGUUCACUGUGGCUCCCAGGUACGGCUGGUUGUCAUAGCGAUACGUGACAUCGCUAAAGGGGAGGAAAUCACUGUCGACUACAGCCUUGGUGACUGGGGUGACAAUGCAAUGGAGGACAACCCUGGCCCACACCCACUGUCCCUCUCUGUGUCAGAUUACCUCACUCCAUCCUGGUCCCUGUCCCCGUCCUCCUCCCCGCUGACUCUCUCUGAGGCCAGUGACUCGGACCGCGAGGAAGAUGAGGAGGAAGAAGAUGAUGAUGACGACGAUGAAGAGGAGGAGAUUGAGGACAUUCGAGGCAGGAUGCUUCGGCGCCGCAAAAAACGCAAGAUCCCCAUGUCCGUAAACUCUAAAAAGAAAAGUUCCCCCACUACAUCACAUAGAGGACCGGGUCGCCCGUGCUCCUCUUUCUCUCGACCUAUUGCACCGGCGGUUAGGUCCCAAGUUCAACCACCUCUGAGCACUAUAGCCCCGCCUACUACUAACAUCAACAAUAACAUUAACAUAAACAUCAGCAGCUCCAGUAGCACAGUAUUGAAUCAUCGCCAGCAUUGUCCUUACUGUGGGCGCAAUUUCCGCUCUCUGGCACGCCACCUGGAGAAGUACCAUAGCAACCAGCCUGAAGUUAGGACUGCAAUGGAAAUGGCUCACCUUCAUAAUCACUCAAAUGGCAAUAUCACGCACAAUCACUCUGCAGUGUCCACCUCUACAUCCCAAAACCAUUCAUUCACGGUACCACAACACUCCAGCGCUCCCUCUCUUUUCUCCAGAGAAAGAGAAUCGCCAGCAGGACGCUCAAGUCAAGUCUCAUUCUCACUUUCAAUGCCAUCUUCCACUCAGCAGCCCAGCAAAAAGGGACCUGGUUUACCUUCAGGGAAUUCAAAACCCCAUACAGCUCCCCCUGUUGUUCAAAGGGUUAAAAGUCCAUCUCCUCCUGCAUCUUUGCACAAGAGAGGACGGAGGCUGAAGAAGGAGAAUCAGACAGGCCCUCAAAAAUCUGAAGUGGACAUUUUGGGAAAUCAAGAUGAGUUGGUUCCUCCCCCGACCCCAGAGCCCAAUGUGGAUCCAGAGGAAGAUCUAGACUUGAGUGCUGGAGAAGAGGAAUCACCAGCUCAAAAGAAUGGAGAGAUGGGGAGUUCUAUCAAACCACACACGUCCCCGCUCCUGUCUUCUCUCUCCUGCCUGGUCCGGUACCUGCGGCAUCAGCAGCACUCGUCCUUCCAGUCCCUCACCCGCUCUCCUCACUCUGCCGAAGCCUGGCGCCUCCUUUGCCACUCCAGCUUAUCCCUACUCAUUCUCUACAACCGUCACCGUGAAUGUGAAGUUGCUAAACUCACCAUCCAAGACUACUGCAACCGAUCUUUGCCCCAUGGAAACUCCCCCAGCAGCCCCGCCUCAGGUAUGGAGGCUCUACUUUCCCCCUUUGAACGCCAUGUGUUAUGUCACUUGCCACGCGCUAGUGUUUUGGGUAAAAGAGGCCGCAUCCAGCCGCUCAUUCUGCCUCCACACUCUGAGUCCUGUUUAGACCUGCUUCUCCAAACCAGUCCAAAUGUGGGAGUUGAUCCACAGAGCCCCUACGUCUUCUCAAGGCCCUACCAUUCUCCUGCAACGCCACUAAGAGGAACUGACCUUUUGAGGAACUUGGCUCGGGCCAGCGGUGCUAAAAACCCUGCACCUCUGACAGCCACACGAGCGCGGCGCCAGGUAGCCAUCCUCACUCAGCUGCUGUUGCUGGAUGAGGGGGAGGGGCAGUCAGCAGCGGUUAAACGCCUGGAGGACUUUCUCGAUCAGCAAUAUAACGUGACUCAGAACUGUGCCAGUAUUAUCCAGGAUCAUUCACUCAUGGGUCGUGUGGGUCGUGUUGUACUUUAUGGAGAGAAGCAAGGUGUGCUGUUCCGAGGAAUGAGUCUCCAGCAGAUCUGCCUAGAAUUGGAUGUGAUGUCUGGCAACUCUGCAGAAUCCUUUUCAGAAGAAUCUGAGCCUGAGCAGGUGAAGGAGGAGGUGAAGCAGAAGGUGGAGGUUCCUGUGAAGAAAAAAGGCAGAGGGCGACCUCCAAGGAAGAAGAAACCAGCAGCAGCCCGUCCUGCAGCUCCACCUACACCCAAGGACCCAAAAAAGAAGGCCAAGCCGCAGAAAACGGGAAAGCGAGGUGUAGUGAAGCGUCCGUGGUCGGAGGCGGAGCGCUUGGCAGUAGAGACUCAUUUAAAACAGAACCUCCUUGAGCAUCGAGUUCCUGCUAAAGCAGACUGUGAGCGAUGCCUCCAGCUGUGCCCAAUGUUGGUGUGCAACCAGCGAGACUGGAGGGCCAUUAAGUUUUAUGUUCACAACCGAAUCCAGCUCCUCAAGAAGCAGGACAGGAGGCUGAUUGCAGCUGCAGCCUCCGUCUCAUAGGGUAAGUGCAUAGCAAAGGCCAAGGGUGGGAAACCUUGUCCCUAAGAGACACAUUUGAAUAUUGCCAUGUGAUGGAGAGCCAGACCUGUACUACUGCUACUUUUACAUUUUGGUUUAAAAUGUGUUCCGAAAAACCUUCCAAAUCCUGCUGAACCCUUUGCAGCCUGAACUAUCAGCUCAAAAUAUUGUUUUAUUCAAAGUUGAUUUCAGAUAGAAAUAUUAAUCAGGUCACAGAAUACCCACCUCUGUGUGUCAAAAUGUUGCCUAAAACUGGGUGCAUCUUUUUGGUGCAAGGUUUUGUUUUUUGUACUUGAGGUGAUGAUGAGGGAACUCCCUAACAUUCACUGAUAAGCAAGCUGUGAAUGUUUUAAUAUUGUAUGUAAUUUCUACUUUACAUAAACAGACUGAGGAUGAAAAAACUAGAGUUGGCUUCUGUUGAAAGCUAAUGACCAAACCUGAAUGUGCAUAACUGUGGAGGAACAGUUUUUUUUUUCCAGUGAUAACCUUUUUGCUAUUGGGACUGAUGUAUACUGUGUUUGUAUAGUUUGUUUCAUAUCAAGCAGCGUUGUGCCCAGAGCGUAAAAAACGUAUUCUUGGACUGUCAUUCACCAGUGAAGUGGUUCGUGCAUACCUCUAGUCUAAACCAUUAUCAUAAAUAUGUAUUAAGGCACGUCUACUUGAAUUUAUUGUAUAUCAUUUUUUUAUUUGUUGCAACAUAUGAUUACAUCCACAAUGUAAAUACAUUAAAACUUGUUAUAUAAAGUCAGUAUUGUGUAAUGGUGUACAUAAUGUAAAUGAUACCUGUACUUAUUAAAAUGUAUGACAUUA